AUGUCUUUCGCAAAGGUCUUGAAACUGCAAGCUACAUUUACUGGUGUUGGUCGAGAGAAGAAAGUUCUCAAAGAGGAAAAUGAUUCUUUGAAGUCUCAUUUUGAGAAAUUGCUGUCGUCUUUCAAAGUCAUUGAUUCAAAAGCGGAUCGUUCUAGUCUUAGUCUGCCGCCGGAUGCUGAUAGGAAGCCAUUGGAAGUCGGUUAUGAUCUCAAGCGCUCAACAGUGGUCGCGGGCGUUCCGGAAAGCCAACUACCUGGUUCCGUGGAUCAUGCUCGUCAUGACCUUCAAUGCGUCAUGCGUCUCGACUCUUCUUAA